GUGUCCAUGGUGAGAGGUUGUCGUGCCAUAGUGGAGCCGGAGCGGGAGCGGGAGCUGGAGUGUGAGCGGCGGGGGCGGGGUGGCCGGCCCGUGAUGGAUGUCACGGUGGUGGCUGGAUUCCUCCUGCUGUUGGCAGUGGUGGCACUGCUGGUGGUGAGUGUGUGCCACCCGGUGUAUUUCCCGGUGUUAGUGCUGAGCCUGUGCCUGGCCGUGCAGGCGCUCAGGUACCCGCCGGUGCCGCCCGAGGUCGCUCAGCAGGUGCUCCGUCCCAAUGGCCGCCUGUCGGUGGUCGCUCAUCGGGGAGGCGGCUAUGAUGCCCCGGAGAACACGCUGGGGGCCAUCAGGAAGGCUGCUGAAAAUAAUGCUACUGGCGUGGAGCUGGAUCUUGAGUUUACUUCAGAUGGUUUCCCUAUUCUGAUGCAUGAUCGUACUGUGGACCGCACAACUGAUGGUAUCGGUUCUCUUGAUCACUUAACUUUCGAAGACAUCCGAAAACUUAAUCCGGCAGCCAAGCACAGACUGCACAAAAACUUUCCAAAUGAGAAAGUCCCAACCUUGGAGGAAGCUAUUGUUGAAAGUCUCAAAAACAACAUGACCAUUUACUUUGAUGUCAAAGGUCAUGCAAUUCAGGCCUCUGCAGCUCUGAAAAAGAUGUACCAGGAAUAUCCUGAACUGUACACCAAAAGCAUUGUGUGUUCCUUUGAUCCACUAGUCAUUUUCAAGAUGAAACAAGUUGACAAGAAUGUAGCAACUGCUCUCACACAUCGACCUUGGAGGCUAAGUUUCUACGGGAACGGUAAACCAAAAUUUCACGACUAUCGACAAUACUGGUACAUGUUGCUGGAUAUCAUUUUGGACUGGUCCCUUCAUGCUUUUUUAUGGAAAUUCUUUGGUAUUUCUGCAUUUUUAAUGCAGAAAAAUUUCAUAUCAAUGGACUACAUUCGGUUCUGGGCUGAAAGAGGGGUUGAAGUGGUUGCCUGGACUGUAAAUUAUUCAGAUGAGAAGCGAUACUAUGAAAAGAUUCUCCAUUGUAUUUACAUUACUGACAGCCUUAUUGAAAAAUGUUCACCUGCUUCCUAAUUUAUCUCCUGAGAUAUCUGUAUAAACUCACAUAUGUAGUGCUACUGAACUAAAUGUAUGAAUGGUGUCCUGUAUUAAACAAGGUGUACCAAUCUCUUUGAAUUUUUUUUGUAUUUUGAUAUUCAGGAAGGAAAAUAGGUUUUGAUUUGGUAAACUCCAUUAACAAUGUAAAUAAUUAUAAUUAAAAGAGCAGCAUAAUGUUAGCAUCAAAUAUGUGCAGCAAAAUGCUAAAGUGAUGUACCUGUCAAGAUUUGCUAGGGAAUACAGUGUUCCUUCCUAGUUUCUGAAGAUACUGUCUUGUUUAUUUAUGGAUGAAAACAUGUUCAGAUGCUGCAAAUGUUAAGUAUAUGUAAAAUAAAUGCACAAAAGUUGAAGUCAUUCUUUGUUUUCACUCUGCUCAUCAUUGGCUUACAUUUGACUUCCCAGACUCCAGGAUUAUUCUCUACAUUAUGAUGCUGCUGCUGUACUCUGCCACUCACAUACUGUAAGGUAAUACUUACACUAUGUGUCCCUGCACACCAGCUUCUACUUUCUCAGCUUUAUUUUGACCUGGAUCCUCUGCAAACAUCCUGCUUCUCCUUGAGUGAAUUCUGGUUCUUUUACCCUACAUAGCAACCUUUUCGUUCCAGUGUCUAAUCUGCUUCUGAGUACAUAACGCUGGUUCAAAGAAUCAUUUCACUUUGUGCUGAUCUGGACUAAAUCUGUUGCUACUGUUCUUUCCCGUUAUGGUUUCACUUUUGCUGCCACUUUUCCCAUGCUCUUCAUUAUCGUUCGCUGCAUUUAUCUCUCUGUCAAUCUACUUGAUUCCUUGGUAUGCACUACAAAGGCAACUCUCACCUUCUCUGCACUCUGGAUCAACCUUUGUAACUCAUUGUUAACUUACUCUGUCAGAAGUCACACAACACUAGGGAUAU